GAAAGCUAAGAUGGAGUGAUGAAUCAAUCAAUCAUCCCCCACGACCCUCAAUCAAAAAAAAAAAUUAUCACCCCCCUGACUGGGAGGCAGGGGAAAAUGGCGGCCACCUCCCCUUCGGCGGCGCCGCCCGCCACCGCCGGCGACUGCCCCCACCCGACCUACACCGAGAUGAUUACGCAGGCGCUCACCGAGCUGGGAGGCACCUCCGGCCGCAUCGCCAUCGCCGCCUUCAUCCUCAGCCGCUUCACGGGCCUCCCCGCCACCCACGACAAGCUCCUCAAAGCCAACCUCCGCCGCCUCGUCUCCGAAGGCGUCGUCCGCGGCUACGGGUCAAAAUCGAGAUCUUGCUACGUCUUCCCCGCCUCCGACACGCGCGGUCGUGGCCGGCCCUCCAAGCCCAACAAUAAGGAUUUGUCGGAUCUCGAUUUGGAGGAUGACACAACCGCAACUCCCCUCCCCAAGAAUCUCAAUUUACAUGAAUCCAGUGAGAUGAUUUGGCCGGCCCGGCAACGACGCAACUCCGGCUCCGGCUCCGGCUCCCAGCCCCAGCAGAAUUAUUCCGAUCCCGGUUUGGAUGGAUUCCAGAGUAACAGCAGCAGUGGCGAGGAUGACGUUGAUGAUGAUGAAUACACUCCACACAAGCGAGGCACUGGGAGACCAAGGAAGAUACUGAGAGGGCGUGGGAGGCCGAGAAAGGACGAGCAACAAUCACAAUCACAAGCAAAACAUCCUCCAACUCCAACUGCAACUGCGUCGUCAACCGGUGGCAUGCAACAAUCAGAAGCAGAAGCAGCAGCAGCAGAGCCUCGUAAGGUUGCCCUCUCUGCGAAUGGAGAUGCUGCCUCCCCAUCGACCAAGAGUGGCCGUGGGAGGCCAAGGAAGAUACCGGGAGGGCGUGGGAGGCCGAGAAAGGACGAGCAGCAAUCACUAGCAAAGCAUUCUCCAACUGCAGCUGCGUCAACUGGUAAAGCAGCAGCAGCAGCAGAGCAUCCUCCAACUCCAUUGUCAACUGAUGGUAUCAAGAGAGGGCGUGGGAGGCCGAGAAAGGAGGCCGACAAAGGAGGAUCAACAAAGGCCGGUCCUCCUGCUCCUGCUGCAUCGGCAGGAGUCAAGAGAUCGCGUGGGAGGCCAAGAGUGUACAGACCAAUGCCCGUCAAAACUGGAGAUGAACUUGAGAAUCCAGUAUCAGUUGAUGUCGCACUUGAGAAUCCAAGAAUGCACAGGCCAUCAUCAGCUGAUAUUGUGUCCAUGGUCAUGAAGAGAGGAAUACCUGCUAAGGCUCGAGAUGCAAGGCCUGCUGAAGCUGGAGAUGCAAUACCUGCUAAAGCUAGAUAUGCAAGGCCUGCUGAAGCUGGAGAUGCAACGCCUGCUGAAGAAACUGGAGGUGCUGCGUCGACGGGAAUCAAGAGACCACGUGGGAGGCCAAGAAAGGAGAAGCCAGCAGCAGCAAUGUCUGCUCAAGCUGGGGAUGCUGUGUCGGCCGGGAUCAAGAGAGGGCGUGGGAGGCCAAGAAAAAAAUGACAAGCCUGAUUCUGCCUACACACAUCAGAAACUAGUGGUUGGGGUGCCUGGUUCGAAACCCCCAUGAAUAAAAAUUAAUGCUAGGAAAGAUGGGCAAAUGCCUUUCAAAAGGUCGCCGCCUCCCUCCAGGUAUCUGAGUAUAUUAAUAUCCUGCUCUAUGCUUGAAAAUAAGUUGACGUGCCAACAAACAAGAAAAGGAUUUACCUUCAACACCAGAAUGCUGGAGGAACAUGUUUGAAUCAUUUAUGGCACUGUCAAGAUGCAAUCGUUUUCUUAUUUCAUAUUUCUAUGUGACUAUCAAUCAACUUACCAUACCAUGAUGGAGUGGCAAAAUUGUACAAUUGGUGACAAUCAAUAUAUGCUAUACUGAGAUUAUAGGGCCUA